AAUUAGGAUACAAUGAACCAGGCGAAUUAUGUGUUCGUGGACCAAAUAUAGGAUAUCUUAAUAAUAAAGAAGCAACAAAUGCGGCAAUUGAUGGUGAUGGGUUUUUCCAUACUGGAGACAUUGUUGUUUUUGACCCUGAGCUCGAAUCAACUUUACUCUCACAUCCGGCAGUAUUGGAUGCAGCUGUGAUACCAUAUUUUUCUGAAAAGGAAUUAACUGAAUAUCCAACUGCUUGCGUUGUUCUUAAAGCUAAAUACGAAAAAACUCUCAAGAUGGCAAAAGAAAUACAAAAAUUUGUAGAUGAUAGUGUAUCACCACACAAAAAAUUAAGAGGUGGUGUGCUAUUCAUUGACUCCAUACCAAAGAGCGAGUCAGGCAAAAUUUUGAGAAGAAUUUUAAAGGAUAAAUUAAAAAAGGAUUCAAGAGAUUGGUUUGAGAAAUGGUUAGUAGGGUUUACCGAUGGCGCUGGCUCAUUUGUCGUAAAAAGCGUUGGUUCUCAUUUGACUUUAUCUUUUGAGAUAACGCAAAGUGCUCGAAAUUUAAGAAUUCUUCAUUAUAUACGCCGAGAAAUUGGUUGUGGUAAAAUUUAUUCCCACGCUGAUGAAUCAACACUAAGAAUAAUAAAUAAUAAACAUUUAAAAGGCUUAGUUCUUCCAAUAUUUAAUCAAUAUCCUUUAUUGACUUCCAAGUAUUAUGAUUACGUGAAGUUUAAGAAAGCAUUAGAGAUGUUGAAUGAUUCUCCAGCGAAUACAUCCACCAUCUUAGAAAUUUUAAAAAAUAGCACGAGUGAUGCUGACACAAUCUCCUCAGCCUGGAAUUUGACCACUUAUCCUUUUAAAAGUGCCGACGAUGUCAAAUUAGUGAUGUCUAAACCUUGGCUUGUAGGGUUUGUUGAAGCUAAGGCUUCUUUCCUUUUGAACAUGGAAUCUUGUCCGGAAGGUGAUCGAUAUAAACAUGCUUUCCAUGUACGUCAAAAGGGUAAUAAAAUUGUACUCGAGGGUGUUAGAUCUAUUCUUCAUAUAGCAACAAAAGUUCUUUAUCAUGAAAAAGAAAAUAUUUAUGAGAUAACUACAACAAAUUCGAGAGCCAUUGAUAAUAUAUCACAUUUUUUUAAUUAUACUUUUAAAGGAAUGAAAUCAUUGGAAUUUAGAAUUUGGGCCCGUUCUAUUAAUUAUAAGGGUAAUUUAAAUAAAUUAGCUAAAUCUGCCCGCAUUCUUGCCAAGAUUCAAGCCAAAUUUUCUUACAAUAAACCUUUUUGA